AUAAACGUGGGGGAAGAUGGUAUGGUUUUACUUUAUAUGGUGAAUAUACAGUUAAUUGAAACAUAUUUAUUCAAUAAUCUUGUAGUGUAAAGAUUUAAGUUCUUUUUUUACACGUGCUUAUAUAUUAUUUCUUUAUAUGCGCUAUUUAUUUUGACAGUGUAAAAUUUUUUCAAAAUUUCUUGUUUAAUUUGACAGCACAAUAUAAAAGACAGAGAAUCAUGUUAAUUUAUUAGUAGAAAGUGCGCGAAUGGUUAAAAAAUCAAUGUUCAUCGUAUAAUACCACGUGUGUAUAGUUAUGAAUUUCAUCGUAAGUGUGUGUAACGAUCGAAACGCUCCGUUUAGUAAUGAUAUUAAGAGCUUGCAGAAAGUUUGGGAAGUAUAUAUUGUCAAAAAAUAAAAAAAAUAUUUCGAAUAAUAAUAUACACGCAUAUAUUAGAAAGAGUUUCAAUAUUGAUAAAGAACAAUGCCUAAUGGUCGAAGAAGCGCGGUGCAUAACGUAAUGCCACCGCACUAUCUACAUGAGUUGCCGGCAGAAGACGAGAAAAGAUUUGAACAAAUAUUUCAAAAAUUAGAUUUAGAUGGAAAUGGAAGAAUUGAUGUAAAAGAUUUGUCCAAGGCACUUCGUGAUGUGGGUGUCGAUAAAUAUUAUGCGGAGAGAUUUUUAGCCAGAUCGGAUAGUACUAAGAGUGGUGAUAUCACACUUGCAGAAUUUAUACAUUAUGUCCGCGAACACGAAAAAAAUCUGCGUUUACAAUUCUCACAUCUUGACACAAAUAAAGAUGGUAAAAUUGAUCUAGAGGAAUUAAUAAAAGCAUUUGAAGAAUUGGGAAUAAAAAUGGAUUUCAAUGAAGCAAAAAAAUUAUUGCAACGGAUGGACAAAGAUGGAAGUCUCACUAUAAGUUUUAAUGAAUGGCGAGAUUUUUUGCUUUACGCGCCAAGUUCUGAUCUUUUGGGUCUUAUCGAAUAUUGGCAUCAUACAAAUUAUAUGGACAUCGGGGAAGAUAUUGGUGUCCCCGAGGAUUUUACAACUGGUGAAAUGGUCUCCGGAAUGUGGUGGCGACAUUUGGUGUCCGGUGGCGUAGCAGGUGGUGUAUCACGCACAUGUACUGCACCUUUAGAUCGUAUUAAAGUUUAUCUACAGGUGCAUGGAACGCGACAUUGCAAAAUCAAAAGUUGCUUCAGGUAUAUGCUUCGCGAAGGUGGUUCUCUUAGUUUGUGGAGAGGAAAUGGUAUAAACGUACUUAAAAUCGGACCAGAAAGCGCUUUGAAAUUCAUGGCCUAUGAGCAAAUUAAGAGAGCGAUUAAAGGAGAUGAUGUUAGAGAGCUCGGACUUUACGAACGAUUAAUGGCGGGAUCAUUAGCUGGCGGAAUUAGUCAAUCAGCUAUAUAUCCACUUGAGGUACUCAAAACUAGAUUUGCACUUAGAAAAACAGGAGAGUUUUCAGGUUUAGUAGAUGCAACAAAAAAGAUAUAUAAACAAGGAGGUUUAAAAUCUUUUUAUAGAGGUUACAUACCUAAUUUAAUGGGAAUAAUUCCAUAUGCUGGUAUUGAUUUGGCUGUAUAUGAAACUUUGAAAAAUAGGUAUUUACGAACACAUGAUAAAAAUGAACAACCACCCUUUUGGAUAUUAUUAUUAUGUGGAACAGCUUCAAGUACAGCCGGUCAAGUAUGCUCAUAUCCUUUAGCAUUAGUUAGAACACGAUUACAAGCAGAUAUAUCACCAGGAAAACCAAAUACUAUGAUUGCUGUUUUUAAAGACAUUAUUAAAAAUGAAGGAAUUCGCGGUUUAUAUAGAGGCUUAACUCCAAAUUUUUUAAAGGUGGCACCAGCUGUAUCCAUUAGUUAUAUAGUAUAUGAAACUGUUAGAGAUUUUUUGGGUGUUAAUAUGACGUGAUGAUUAUUUAUUUUAGGUAAUAUUAAUUUAAUUAAAUUAUUUUUUAAUUACAUUAUAUUAAAAUAUAUAAAAUGCCAGUCGUUGGUUGGGAUAUCGAGCAAUUUGGCAUAUUUUGCCUUUUGUUACAUGUAACAUCGCUUAUUUAUUGUUAACUCGAUGCUUUUACAAUUAUUUAAGCAUUUGCCAUUUUUCAAUUGUAUCAUACUAUUACAAUAUAGAAUACACAUUUAUAAAAGAAUUUAAAUAAGAAAAUAAGUAUAAAUAUAAGAAUGGUCAAUA